UUGUCUUCUCAAGCAUAACACUCUUCGAAUUUGACCCAAAUAUGGCACCAAAGAAGAUCAAAUCUCCGCCCUCUGAUCCUCAGGGAAUGUUCAGCAGAAUGGUGGUCUUCUUAGUCGAAGACGGAGUCCAAACUCGUCGGCUACAGAUAUGGAAGCAGAGAUUGACGCAAAUGGGGGCUAGCAUACAGGGCACUUUUUCUAAAAAUGUGACUCAUGUUUUUGCCGUGGAUGCAAAUUCUCUUCUUAAGAAAGUUGAUCACCAGCGGUUAAUUAGGUCAAAAGCUAAAAUGCUCCUAUAUCAGUGGGUGCAGGACAGCUUGACAAAGGGAGAAAAGGUGCCUGAAGAUUUGUAUAUCGUAUCCCUAGAAUCAGGGGAAAAUAAAGAGAUCUGUAAGGAAGAUAACAGAAGUGAUUGUACUAAUAGUGAAUUUACUCAAAAAAAGAGCAGAAUCUCUUUUGAGGGUAGCAAUAUUGUGAAUCAAGAAAAAAAGGUUGACACAAAGGACCACUUUGGACAUCAGUUAGUAGAUACUGCAAACAGCUCUGAAUGUUCAUCACGCUCAUCAAGCCCAGAAAUCAUUAGUGAGGCGGUCUUUUAUCCUUGUGAUGAGGCUGCUGAAACAUCAAAAUCAUCAUUGCUUUAUGAGCCUCCCAAUUUAAACAGGAAUAUUACCACGAUAUUUGGAAAACUUGUUGACAUUUAUAGGGCACUUGGUGAUGAUCGAAGGUCAUUUAGCUAUCACAAAGCCAUCCAAGUUAUUGAGAAACUGCCUUUCAAAAUUGAGACUAUAGACCAAGUUAAAAACCUUCCUACUGUAGGAAGGUCAUUGCAAGAACAUAUUCAGGAAAUAGUGAACACUGGGAAGCUCUCCAAAUUGCAGCACUUUGAGAAGGAUGAAAAGGUACGGACAAUCAGCUUGUUUGGAGAUGUUUGGGGUGUUGGUCCAGCAACUGCCUUAAAAUUUUAUGAGAAAGGGCAUCGGACUCUAGAUGACCUAAAAACUGAAGAAUCAUUAACAAAUGCCCAGAGAUUAGGCUUGAAAUAUUUUGAAGACAUCAAAACAAGAAUUCCGCGUCGGGAGGUUGAGGAGAUGGAUAAACUUCUACAGAAGGUUGGACAAGAGAUUUUACCUGGGGUUAUUAUUGUGUGUGGAGGAUCAUAUAGACGUGGAAAGUCAUCUUGUGGGGAUAUGGACAUUGUUAUUACUCAUCCUGAUGGAAAGAGUCAUGUAGGUUUUCUUCCUCGUUUUGUAAAGCGUCUCAAAGAAAUGAAGUUUUUGAGGGAAGAUUUGAUCUUCAGUAUUCACAGUGAAGAGGGUACAGAAUCAGGAGUAGACACCUAUUUUGGUCUUUCCACCUAUCCCGGUCAAGAGCUGCGACGUCGCAUUGACUUGAAGGUGUAUCCAAGAAAUAUAUAUGCAUUUGGGCUAGUACAUUGGACGGGGAAUGAUGUUGUGAACAGGCGGCUUCGAAUAUUAGCACAGGCCAAGGGUUUCCGGUUGGAUGAUACGGGGUUAUUCCCUUCAACUCAAGGUUCUGAAGGGAAACAGGGUGGUAUAAAACGCGCUAAUUUAAAGCUCGACACAGAGAAGGAAAUAUUCGAUUUUCUUGGUUUUCCUUGGCUUGAACCACAUGAAAGAAAUUUAUGAAUUUUGAGUGGCAUGCUAUUGCACAUCUGUACACAAGAUUUUGGGCUUCAAUUGCUGUGAAUAAGAUGAAGCUGAUAUGGGACACUCAUACCUACUAAAUUUUAACGGGCUUCUAGCAACACGUAGACCAUUGGAUUAACUCUAUCAGAACACGUAAACUAUUGGAUUAACUCUAAGUUGAUAGUUGGAUUGUACAUUUGUGUUUAUAUGUUUUAACAUUACUAACUUCUUCAUUUGCUCUCCUAUACACAACUUGAAAGGCCAGUAACUUGACCAAUUUCAAGCAACAUGUAAAUCAUAGAAUUAACUCCAAUAUCAAAUUGAAGCUUAUGAUUCAUCUCAA